AGGUCUGUAUCAACUAAUUCAUUCCAAAGUCACGCGUCGUACAACUUCAAUAGUCCAUUCAAUAGUUCGUAAUUUCGCACCCAGCAUAAUCCGUAUAUGUAAACAUACAACAAAUAGUAAUUCUCCCAUCUAUUAUCAAUCGUCUCUGGUGUAUUCAUAAGCCAUAAUAUUAAUAGAGUAUAAUCGCAAGUUUACAAGGCAACAACGAUCUAAUUCAGUCUUCGGUAAUAUCAUCUAGCCGUAUACACGCCAAUUUUAGUUUGUUGAUUUCGCGCAGCCAUAGUCUGUGUGGUGGUGAUUUUAUUGAAAAGCUCCUCAAAAUGCUGUGCAAAAGUUCGAGGCGUUUGUCCCUUGGCAAAUUCAGAAGAUAAUUAGAAAACUCCUGUGUGCCCUUUCAAGUGAACCUAAAGACUGAGGAUGGAAAGCUGUUGAAGUUAUUCUUUGAAUCUUGAAAAUCCUACAGAAAUGUUUCAUCACCUGACUAGUGAAAUUCCUUCCCUGGUCAGUAUGGAUUACCCUGUGGACACCCAAUCUGCUAAAAAAUUGCUCAGUAAAUGCAUGAGCGACUGUUUUCGUGUCGAUGGUUCUCAAAGAAACUGUUACCGAGGUCACGAUCCCUUUGGGAAUCCCAGUGCCAACUUGUCCACGCUGCCUAGUUUCCUUACUAAGGCAUUCCACAACAUCAACCCUAGGACCAUGCAAGCAUGUAUUCACGCACGCUGGGCAAAUAAAUGGCCUGUCGGGUUGAAAACAUUUUCCCGUGCCGCACCCGCAUGUACAUCUGGGGUGGAUUUCACGGUGGGUCCAGCAUAUCCACUAGCUGCGACCUCAUUCUCACACUCACCCGAAACCACUCUUCGAAGUGAGGACAACCACACAGUAAACCACACAGUAACGGGGAUCACACCCCUGCGCUGGCACAAGCCGCACCGGGACCACACAGGCACCCAAAUAGGAUGAUCCCU